AUGUCUGGGCACGCAUCGUCGGGCAAGCACCCAUUCUACCGCGGCAUCCGGAGCCGGCACGGGAAGUGGGUCUCGGAGAUCCGGGAGCCGCGGAAGGCGCGCCGCAUCUGGCUCGGCACGUUCCCGACGGCCGAGAUGGCCGCCGUGGCGUACGACGUGGCCGCCCACGCGCUCCGCGGGGCCGGCGCGGCGCUCAACUUCCCCGCCUUGGCCGCCACGCGCCCCGCGCCGGCGUUCACCUCCGCGGACGACAUCCGCACCGCGGCGGCCACCGCAGCCGCCUCCAUGCAGCACGAUCGCGCCAUCGGCGGCAUUGCCCCUGCGGCUGCUGGAUCCGGUGGAAGCAGCGCCGCUGCUGCCUCGGCGAGCGGCACGGUCCAGCAGGAUCAAGCCGGCAUUGGGUUGGACCGGGGCUUCCUGGACGAGGAGGCGCUCUUCGAGACGCCGCAGUUCCUGCGCAACAUGGCCGCCGGGAUGAUGAUGAGCCCACCGAGGCUCAGCCCCGACUCCUCCGACGAAUCGCCGGACCCUUCCGAGGCUGGGGAGAGCCUAUGGAGCUACCGUGAUCCGUAG